AUGGACAGACUACCUCCUCUCUCUAACAAGUACGUUCUAGCAUCGGUAGGAAUCCUCGGUUCUACGCUGUUAGCCGCCACCAUGGGCUUCUUCAACAAGAAUCACAUGCCCGUGGAGGGCAAGACUAUUUUACUUACUGGUGCAUCAGAGGGCUUGGGCCGAUCGGCAGCCAGAGAACUAGCUGCCAAAGGAGCAAAUGUAAUCAUCGUUGCGCGGAAUGUUGGCAAGCUCGAGGAUGCUCUGGCCGAGAUCAGCGCCGCGGCCAAAGACCCGCGCACGCAACGCUUCCACUACAUCUCGGCCGACGUGUCUGAGGACGACUAUGCCGUGCGCGUUGUGGCGGAGGCCAUCUCCUGGAACGGCGGGCACUCGCCCGACAUCGUGUGGUGUGUUGCCGGCUCGUCGACGCCGAUGCUCUGGCAGGAUGAGAAGGCUCUCCAGGAGACCCGGCGGGAGAUGGGCGUCAACUUCUGGGGCGCGUGCGAGAUGUCGCACGCCAUCCUGCGCGAGUGGUGGUCGCCCGAGAACAGCUUCACCGAGCCCAAGCACUUCAUCUUCACGGCCUCUGUCCUGGCACUGUACACGAUCGUGGGAUACGGCCCGUACUCACCCACGAAGUGGGCCAUCCGCGGACUUGCAGACACACUCACCCAGGAGGCAAUGCUCUACCCGAAACAGCCCGUCAAGAUUCAUAUCGUGUACCCGGGCACGAUCCUGUCGCCCGGCUUCGAGCGCGAGCAGCGCGUCAAGCCGGAUGUCACGCUGCAGCUUGAGAAGGACGACCCGCAAAUGACGCCUGAUCAGGUGGCAACCGCUGCGAUUGCUGGUCUCGAGGCUGGCAAGCACUUCGUCACUGUGAAUUUCUUAGGUGAGAUGAUGCGCUGGGGUGUCAUGGGCGGCUCGCUGAGAAACAACUGGUUUGUCGACACGUUGGGCGCAUUCCUCCUCGCUCUGGCUUGGUUUUUCGUACAUCUUGUCAUGCACGGAGAUAUUAAGAAGUAUGCGAAGAAGCAUGGACAUCCUAGUGGCUAUCCUAAGAAGAUAUAA